AUGUUGCCAUUAGCGAGACAGGUAUGUUUUAGCAGAGGAUUACAGAGGUCAGCCAAGGCGUUGCUUCCUGUUGAAGCGAGUACGCCAAGUGGUGUUAGCGCUGCAGGUAGUGUUAGCAACAGUAGUACGGUAGGUGUUUCGGAUGAAGUUACCAGUUUCUUUAGCAAGUUACCAGAGAAAUUGAUUUUGGAGAGCAACGGUAUGAAACCAACGACGGCGGAGAAUCAGUUGGAUACGCUGAAAUAUUAUAAACUUCUGACUGGGAAUGGGUUCACACUGAAACAGACGAAUCUGAUAAUCCAAUUGCUGCUUAGUACACUGAAUGAGCAGUUUUUUGACAACUACAACUCUCGGUUCUUGAGGAACAUGGAGCUGGAGAAUCACAGUCAUUUGUUCAACGCAGCGCAAUCUGAGCUACGGUAUUCCAUUCUGAAUUCGCGGGAAGUUGCAUUAAACGAGCAGAAUCUGCAACUGAUGAAGGUGAAUAGGGAGUUGAAUCUAUGCCGCGAUGAGUUGAACGAGUUAAUCAUCAAUUUCCUGAAGAAGGAUUCGCGUGUGGACUUCAAUGAUCAUCAGUCGGAGAACACACUGCUACAUCGUGAUAUCAGCAUUCGGUUGAAGGACGGUAAUAACAAGAUUGGUACUAAGAUUAUUGGGCAAAUCAAAUUUGAAAUUGAAAAUCUAAGAUGGCACACAACUAGAAGUGGGUUGUUUGCAGUUUUAAUUUUGGUAUUCCUUAUAAUGAGUGGCGUGUCUAUCUCCAAAAGGACUACUGCAGAGAAUGAGAGGCCUACGCAAGUUGUACUACAUACUAUCCAGCCGGAAGAGCGAGAAUUGGAAGAGCCAUUACUAUCAGACGAGCAAUUCGUGAGAAACGCUAUAGAUAUUAGCAAAGACGAAUCAACUUAG